GACCCAUCCCAAAUCUCUCCAAUCGUCCCAGCCCUCGCAUGUGACCUGCCCUCUUCUUGACACUUCUUUCCUCGUCUGCGUCGCCCCUUGCCUAACUCCAUUGUCAUCCCCACCCUAGCUCCACCGUCGUCCCCAACCUGCAGUGGCGCCACCAGCAGCCCCCGUCCCUCCGGAUGUCCUUGCCGCUCCGGGUACGGUCGUCGCCCAGCAGCAUUUGGAAGAUAUAAGAAAUGACAGAAGUUGAAGACAUUAUGUCAGAUAUCGAGAUAGAGGAACUAGGUAAUUCGAUGAAAGGUGCAUUGACGAAAAAUUUAUUGUUGGAUAUCGUUUAUGACAGCGCAUUUGAGUUCUGUUUGAUUCCAAGAAUACAUGAGCACAUCCGAGUGAUUGAUAGAUAUUCUUAUGAACCAAUAAUAGUGUCAAUUGGUCCCUAUCACGAUGGAUCUCCAGCACUUUCUUUUAUGGAGAGAGAAAAAUGGAACUGCUUGGACUACUUACUUAAGUUGAAUUGUGAGAAGGGUCUGAAAGAUUACUUGACCAUUGUCAACGGACUAGAGAAACGAGCAAGAAUGUGCUAUUCUGGAGAUGUCAAAAUGAACAAGAGGAAGUUGUUGCAGACUCUCUUGCUCGGUGGAUGUUUUGUGCUUGUUUCAUUAGUGGGAUUAAAUGAGCUUAUUAGUGGGGACCAGAGUGGUUUGUCUAGUUCACCACAUACCAGAAUACUUGAGGAAGAUCUGAGUUCUGGACUGCACAAUGUAACGGCGAGAAAUGAGGGUGAACAAAUGAACAUGAGAACGCAGAAUGCCAUGAAGGGCACUGUAGUGGAACAACAGUCUGUCAAUUCCAAGCAUUCUGGGGUAGAAAAUUUAGUGCUUGAGAUCGAAUUAUGCUCAGAAACUAGUGGUCAUCAGACAGGACAAUGUCUAUAUCAGGAUAAUGCUCAGCUGAUUGGACAGUGGUAUGAUGUCUUUGUUACACAUGACCUACUCCUGCUGGAGAACCAAAUUCCCUUUUUCAUAGUCGAGGGAAUAUACGAGGUACUGACUUCGAACAAGAUGGUACCAACAACUACGUGUAAAUCAAGUGUUGCUCAAUAUAUGGAAAAGUAUGUAUCAUUCUAUCCAACAGCAAUACGUGAGUCCAAUCGCCCAAAAGAUUUUGAUCAUUUGUUACACUUGUGCCAUAUGUACUUCAGACACAGUUCUAACCAGGAUGAGCAUGAUGAUCUAUCAACGCGACACUACAUUCAUCAGUUCCUUCAGCUGGGACGGGAUUAUCUCAGCAAUUUAGGUUUGUCGCGCAAUGUCCAUUUAGGUUUGUCGCAUGAUGGCCAUUUCCCAAAUCGAUGGCGGAGAGCAACACAGUAUCAUGAAGCUGGGAUCGAGUUUAGUAGAAGAACACAAUCUGAGCGUAAUCCUCAUUCUCUCCUGGAUAUCAAGCUCAGGGGCGGUGUUCUGGAAAUUCCAUUCCUGUUUGUGGAUGAAGAAUCCAUAGUCCGUUUCAGGAACUUCAUAGCACUGGAGCAAACAUCUCCGCAAGUCGGAAAUGAUGUUACUGCUUACAUUAUUUUCAUGGCCAAGCUGAUGAGCAUGCCCGAUGAUGUAGCACUGCUGGCCCGAAAGGGGGUCAUCGCCCAUCAUAUGCGUACUGAUAAAGAAGUAUCACAGCUCUUUACCAGGCUGACGAAAGGUGUUGUCUUCGAUUUCUACGGGAACUAUUACCUCAAUCCCCUGUGUAUUGCCCUGGAGGCAUAUUAUCAAAACCGUCUGCACAGGUGGGUUGCCUGGCUGAGGCACAACCAUUUGAGCAAUCCAUGGUUGGUGGUCGCAGCAUUGGCUGGUGUUAUUGUGCUUUUUUGCACCAUUGCACAGACUGUCCUUACUGUUGAGUCGUACGUUAAUCCCAAGUAAGCAGCUGAGUGUAAAUUGACUGUGGGAUUCAGAUUUAUGUAUGUCCACUUUAUUAGUCCCAAAGAAAAUAAACUAUCUCCAUCUA